AUGCUCAUUGGUAUUGGUGAUCGAGUUUUAUCACCAUCAAUGAAAAAGGUUGUUAAAUGGGAGCAUCCAGCCGGUCCAAAAUAUGUACAUUUUUGGUCGCCUGUUAUGAAAAGCUCAUUAGUUCUUGCUGGUCUUGGAGAUUUAAUGCGUCCAGCUGAUAAACUUUCAUUGAAUCAAUCAAUUUCACUUGCUGCUACAGGAUUAAUCUGGUCACGAUAUUGUAUGGUUAUAAUACCGAAAAAUUAUUUUCUUGGUCUAGUCAAUUUUGCUCUUGGUUUAACUGGUCUUCAACAAUUAUUACGUAUUGCGCAUUAUCGUUAUACACAUCCAGAUGAACCAUCUAAAAACUAA